GUAUAAAAUUCUAUUCUGCCUUAGACAUAAAACUUAGCAAAUAAAUAAUUUACUUUAUAAGCUUCUAUCGCCAAGAUUAACUAUUCACGAAAUCGAAUGAUUCAAUAGAUUUCUAAGAGCAGAUUUUAGCCAGCCUUUUCAAACAAUAAAUGGGGUGUAUAAUUACUCCAGAGGAAGUACGAGCAACACUGUAAUUGUUAAUAAUUAUUCUGUAUUAUUCAUUAGACUCAUUGCAAUCAUAUAUUUCCAUACAUAAGUGCAUAUGAGCAAGUUAAUGGACCUAAGACUAGUAUCGCCAUCUAGCGGCGGCGACCAAACUAAUUUUUCACACACAUUCACAUUUUGUACUUUUUUCUGCAUAUUCAUAUAAUUUUACAUAGCAAUUAUCAUAAUUCAACUUCUAAUUAAUGUUUUGUACACUGAUAAUUGAUUGAUAUUAAGUUUUUUAAAUAAAUAAAAAUAUCGGAAAAUGUGGCGCCAUCUCUCAGCAAGCCGCCCAAGCUCGUCGUGAAAUAGUUUACACUUCUGGCCGCGAGAUGGCGCCACAUUUUUCUGUAUUUAUAUUUAUUCAAAAAACUUGAUAUCAGUCAAUUCAUGUACAAAUAAAGAAUUGUUAAAAUGUUUUAUCUUUAGCAAGCUACCCUAUAUAAUGUAUCUGCAGGCACAUUCAUUACACUAAACUUCAAACUACUAUUACCUUACACAACCAUUACUCAAUUUUCAAAUUCACGAGUGUAACAGAACACAAAUUAAAUGGCAUCCAAACAAUAAACAACGUAGUUUUUUAAUUACCACCACCCUUCAACUUCAUUCGGCCAGAAUGUCUAGUUCCAUCAAAUCAAAAACAUCUAACACACAACUUAGGUUGACUCGCAGGAGGUAUGAAGAAGAAAACAUGAUUCUGAAGCCUUUUGGUUUUUGUUGUUCAAUCGAUGACAUUGAUCCACCAAUAAACUAUAACAAGCUGCAAUCAUUUUAUAAUUUUUCAUCAAUAUCCGUACAUACAAUAAAUCAAAGUCCAACUUUAAAGUUUCAAGCACACUUUGCUGAUUCUGUAGAUUUUGAAUUGAAAGAAAGAAAUCCAACGACUAAGCUCUUAGAUAAUGGAGAUCACAAACGUAAACUUCCUAUGAAGCAUAGACAAAUCUUAAAUGGUUUGCAAAGUAGUCCAUACCCACGUAUUCGUGGGGGAUCUUCACGCGAUGAUCUUAAAUCUGUACAGCAAUAUGAAGAUUUGUAUGAUCCAAGAGUAAUGCGUUCUCUAAAUAAACCACUGCAAUGGUAUCUAGAAGAUGAGAUUGCACUUGCAAAAGAUAUAAUGUGGAAAGAAAAACAGAAAUUAUACAAUGAAGAAAUGGAUAGAAAUACCCUUAUUGGAAAAAAAAAUUUUGAACUUUUUAUGAAAAAAGAAGUGAAUACUCAGCCUCGAUGGUACCAAGAUUUUUCCAUUAGACAAAUGAAGAAUUUAAUGAUGUUGCAAUGUGUAAUGCAUAAAGAUUGCGAGGAAAUGGUAACAGGACGUACACAGAGAACACUUUCAGAAAUUGGAAUAACAUCUACAUUUUUUACACUCAAACCACAUAUUAUUAAAAAAUUACAUGUAUCUCAUAAUUGUAAUGCAAUUGAAUUUCUAAGGGAAAUCUACAAAAUACUAACAGGAAACUACUUUGAAGAAGAAGGAUACAGAAAAGUUUACGACUCCAAUGAGAGAAUAAUCUUAUCAGCUAUUGCAUUUUUAACUUUGCCAGAAGCUGUAGUAGAAUUACAUGAAAGAUUACCUCCUGUGAUAAUGCCAAAGUUUCCUCCUAAACCUGUACCGCCGACAUCUCCAAUAAGAAAAAAAAUGCCAUCACCCUAUGAAGAAGAACUUUUUAUACGCCAAGACUGGGCAUCUUACUAUAAUCGUUUGCAACACUGGGAAAAACAGUGUCAAUUAAUGCCGAUACCAAACAUAAUAUUGCCACCUAAAGACUGUAUCUUAAGUACAUAUAGGAACAAAGAAAUGAAUUUUAACAGUGGUGAAAACAAAUCUAACAAGUUGCAGAAUCUAUCUCAAAAUAAUCAACAAAGAAUUUCCAUAGAAAGAGAACAAGAAAAGAAUAUUCCUAUCAAUUCAAAGCAAAAAUAUGAUGUUACAGUGAAAGUCGCAGAGAAAACUUCUACUAAUACUUCUACUAAUAAUCCUAUUAACAAACUCAGUAUUAAUGUUACUAAAGAAAAGCAAAGACGCAAUGUUUCCAAAGAGAAACCCAAUAUAGAUAUUAAGAAUGAAGAACAUAAGCAAUUGGAUAUAGUAAAUAAUACAAUAAAUACAGAAGAACGUACUGAUAUUCCACAAUUACCUAACGGAAGUAAAGUAUUUGAUUUCACAAUCAAUGGAGUUAGUGAAAUGCCAGGGCCAGUUGAGUAUAAAAUAUGUGGUGUUUUACAACCACCUCAGCCAAAUAAGAAAUCUUGGCUUGGCGAGAAACAUGCUCACUACAUAAUAUCAGGUGCCGCCGAUGAACCACCAACGUGCCCGGUAACAUAUGAAAUGACUGGUAUCGCGAAUGUAACACCAACUAAUAGCGACGAAAGAUUUUUUGCUGUGCUAAAACUUGGUGAUGGGGAUAAAAAAAUUUAUCCAAAUGGUAGAGAAAAUUUAUCCCCAAAGUGGCAGGAGUGGUUGCAAAAUGCGGAUGAAGAAUUUCGAGAAGUAGAAAGGGAAGCAAACAACCUGAUAAAAAGGAUAGAAGCUGUGACGAGACUAGUAUUUCGAGAACCUACAUGCGAUAGUUGUUGUUCUUGCAGACAAACAAGAAAGUCGUAUUUAAAGGCAAAGGAAACGAAAUCACCCUUUUUCGUGAUAGAUACCAUAGCUGAAGAUAAAAAGAAGAACAAAUGUAUUGUAGGAUCUAUGGCAAUGCAUUCUCCCGCGCCAACUCCUCCAGAAUCGACGGUUAAUUUAUUAGAAGUUAUAGCCUCGGAGGAUGUUCUCAAAACUAACGUUCUCAUAAAUGGCAUCACAAAUGAGAAAGGCGAAACGCAGUAUUUCAUUUCCGGUUUCAAAAAGGAUAUUGUGCGUGUGCCAGCUCGAAUUGUUGAACGUCCGCCACCUAGACCACCUAGAAAUGUUCCGCCAUGUGUAUGCGCAGUUCAGCAGAUAUUCAAAAAAGGUUUGACUCCACCAGUGAGUCAUGAUCACAUACCGUGGACAAAGGAAGAUGGUUUGUGUUUUGGAAAAAAAUUCAGACCCAACGAAUCUCCAGCUUUGUCUUGUAAAUUAUAUCCUGGUGAUAAAUCAUGCAGAAGGAAUCCAUUUAUACACGAUAUAAUGAAAUUAAAGAGAAGAGCAGAGAAAGCGAAACAAAAAGCGCAAAAGGAUGCUUCCCCGGAAAAGAAGAGGAUGUACAGUAUUGCUGAUUUUCAACCGUGCGGAGAUGAGCAUGGUAUGGGUAUCUGUGGAGGACCGUGGGGUGCGUUGCAUACUUUAACUCCAGAAGAAUUAGCAGAGCAAGAGAGAUUACGGAAAGAGAUAUUGAGAGGUCCUCCGUGUGGAACGAAACCUGGACGAGCUAUCUGCGAAGGGCCUUUUGGCGAGCGAGUACCAUUCAAAAAACAAGAAGUAGAAAUCGAAGAAAUUCCGGGAGAAUUCGAUGAAGAAGAUUUUGAUUAUGACGACGAAGAAGAAGAGGAACCGCAAAAACCUCCUGAAAAAGUAGAAGAAAAAGAAAAAAAACGCGAUAAAAAAUGUCAUAUGAGUCCCGAUUCUAUAGCAAGUAGGAAAAAAGGAGUGGAGAAGAAGGAGGAAAAAUUCAUCCCUGAUCCCACUUAUCCCGGCUACGAUGAUCCGUGGAACAUAUUUCGUACAGCACCAUCAGAGAAGGAAUCUGAAACAGAUUUUAAAAAGUUAUUGAAACUUAGUUCUCCAAAACGACCGUCAACACCUGUAGAAUCUAAAACAUUAGUGAGCGAACAUGACCAAGUUCUUCCAUCUCAGGAAUCUUCAUCACAAAAAGAUGUUUCAAAAUCCAUUACAAAAGAAGAUAGCGCAAAAGUUCGUAUCAGGGAUUCAGAAAAAAAAUCUUUGGAUUCUAGGCAAAAAAAAGAUGAAAGGAUAACCAAACAAAAAUCAAGAUCAAUUGAAAGAGAAGGCACUCGAGAAACUUAUCCAAAAUCUCCAGGAACUCGAACGGAAGCUAAAGGAGCACUUGAUAAGGUAACGAGAAGUGAAGUAGCUGAUGAUAAAAUAAAAGAUCAAAAACUUCUAAAAUCGAAAAGAAGUAAAAGCAGUCACAAAAAAGUGAAUGAAACAAAUGUGUCUUCUAGAAAUAUAAAAGAAGAGAGUAAAUCGUAUCAAGUGCCAGAAAUACCUAAGCAAAUUAAGGAAAAUGUGAAAUCGAAAAUGAAACCAGAAAAGAUGGGUACAUUAACAAAAAAAUUAAGCAAGAGAUUUGAUACCAAAUCGAAACGAGAUGAAAAGGCAUCAGUAAGGAAAUCGAAAGAUAAUGAAACCAGACUUAGUAAAAAUACCGCUACGCAUCGCAAGCAAUUAAAUAAAAGAUCUAAAACAAAAUUUGAAGACUCAGUAAAUAUUAAAAUCGAUAAACAAAUUAGAGAAGGAACAAAAGUAAACAAAUUAAGUAAAAAACAAACAGUGCCAACGGGCAUCACUGUCAGAAAGAAGGCAAGUAAAUCGCAUAAUUUGAAGAAGAAGACUACGAAACGAGAUCGAAAGAAAGAUAUGCAAAUUAUUGAAGACAUAGAUAUCGAUCCGAAGAAACAAAUAUUAAAUUUAAAGGAGAUGCUGAACUCUUCUGAACUAUAUCCUCAUGAUGUUAAACCAGUAGAUCUUCCUGAAGAACCCCCAAGAAAAUGUGCACUAGAGUAUGAGGACAUAGAAGACACAGAUGGUUCUGUACAAACUGAUAAAGAGACAGAUGUACAAUUACCAAGCAAAGGACCUUGCGGUUGGAGAACAAAGUCGGAACAACAAUUGCCGACAAAAAAGACUUUGGUUUAUCUUGCUGAACCGGAUUAUCCUCCAGAGACAAUAGCAGUACGGGAGGGAGGAAAACCAUGUCUUUGUCGUGAAAAUAGGAAUAAGAAGAAAGUAUUAUUGUACAAUAUCGGUGGACUUAUAGGUGGAAAAAAGGAUGAUGAGGAAACGAAGAAGUUAAAAAGAAAGAAAGAUGAAGAUGACAAGAAAAUGCAAGUUAUAGAUGGUGUAAUCUAUCAUACUCCACCGCCAAGCCCACGCAGAAGCGAUGAAUAUGUACCUGAAUAUGAUCUUUACAAAUCCCCAUAUGAUAUGUGCCUCACUAAACGUAGACAUCCAAGUCUGAAAUUACUUGAAGAACAUAGCGGGCCGAAAGAUGUCAUAUUAGAAUCAUUAAAACGUAAAGAACCUUGUGGUUGUAAUGAAUAUACGGAUAUAUAUGAUAAUGAAUUUCUACAUCAGAAUGACGAAGAAAAACAAACGAUGAAAGAAUUCAAUAAAACUAGACAAGAAUUAAUAGAGGAGAAAUCACAAAAAGAACGAUGGAAUUUAGCACUUAAAGAUACAGGGUUGAUCGACUAUUUUACACGAUGCAGAGACAGCAUGCCUUGUUGGUUAAAGUGUGCUAAGUUUAAUAAAGUGGGUUGCAAAAUACCACGUCCGAGACUUAAAAUCAAAAGGCCAGUUUGCGAAUGUAAAUACGAGAGGAAAAUACUGGAACACAAAGAGGAAAAAAUGAAAUGGAAGGAACGUCGAGAGAGACUGAAGUCUUUAAAGAAACAACCAUUUAUGAACAUCAUGGAUACAUCAAAACCAGUGGUAGUAGAUACAAAAUUAAUGAUAUCUGGUGUAAAAAGAAUUCCAAAAGAAGACGAAUAUGUAGAUGACGUUAAAUAUUGUAUAACUGGUGUUGCCGAAAAUUAUAGCGAAUUACCACCUGAACCAAUAGUGGGUGGUGUACAAAUGGCUACACCUAUUCAUACACCAGAACCGAGUAUUGAAGAAUUACCAUGUGUUUGUCUUCAUCGACACUGGUCGCCUAUACAUAUUCCUCCUGGUCCAUUACCAAAAAAAGAAGAAAUUAUGCUUGCUGAAAAGAAACGUAGACAAAAAGCUGCAGAAGAUGCAUAUAGACAAAUACACGCUCCUAUAGAAGCAUACGAUACGCAUGAUUCUCAUAGUUGUAAAAAGAGUUGUAAUCUAGAAUCUAAUGUAGAUGAUGAUGAUGAAGAUAUAGAAGAAAAUAACAAUGUAACGUCGAACUUCCAAGAAGACACACCAAAUAAACAAACUAAAACCAAUGUAAAUCCUUCUAAACGGAUAAAACCACAGCUUCAAAAUAAAAAUAAACUGAUCACUGAUAAUUCAGUAGUAACAGAAAAGCUGAAGAAAAAUAAAAAUGUCAGAAACGAAACGAAUAUAAAAAAAAUCUCGUAUAAUCUUCAAAGGCCUGAACAUAAAGAAACUGAAGCAAAUGUACAAAAAAGUUCAUAUAUUUCUCAAAAACCUGAAUAUAAAGAAAAUGAUACUAGAUUACAACAAACUUCAUACAACCAUGAAAAACCUCGGAACAAAGAAAUCCAGGACCAUUCUCAAUUGCAAGAUACAACUAUGAAAUCAAAUGCAAACAUUGUAGAGAGUUCUAAUAAAGAAAACAAUGAAACUUCUGACAAUUCUGGAACCGAUUUGAUGAUAUUGGCACAGAAUGAAUUAAAAAAAAUGGCAGUAGAAGGAUUUCUGUUUGCAAAACUACCAAAAUGUUUCUUAAUGCCACAAUUGCAAUAUUGGUUGAUAUAUAGAAAAGGAUUUGCUCUUAGCGAUGAAGAUAGAGACAAGUCAAUAAAUAAAAGUGUCAUGAUGUGGAAUUUAAUUGAUGUAAGAAGGUCAUCCAAAAUUGAACCACCACCAUUAAACUUGACAAAAGAUCAGCUUAGAAAUUUGACGUUCGAUUAUGCCGAGGAAAUCAAAGAAAAGAUCAGAGAGAAGAAAGAAAUAUUUUACAGUCAAGUUCGUAAAGACCGUAUUCUUUAUUCGCGAGCAAUGUGGAAUACAAUGGACUAUGGAAAAUUUCCUUCAAUAUCCUUCAAGGAAGCAUAUUUUACAUAUAUGGCUAAUAGAGAAGCAGAUGGUCAUGUCUUUAAACCAUGGCAACAUUUCGAAGUACGCGAAAUGGCAAAUUAAACGUACAUUAAAGAAGUUCAACGUUACUCUACUUGUGAACAAAUUUUUAACCUUGGAAAAGAAACAACAAAUUUUUCAUCAAUUGUCGACAAUAUCGUUUUUGAUAAAAAAAGAAGUAAUUCGAACAAACAAGAAUAAAAUUUCAAAUGGCCUUCCUACACGCGCAUUUAAAACAAUCGAUUCGACACCUGUACAAUUUUUGACAAUCGAGAUGGGAAAACUCGAACCGGAUAAUCGAUAAUUUGCAACCAAGUUUUUAAGUCGGAGGCAAAAGGAGGAUGGAUUUCGAGAGUCCAGACGUAGAAAAAGAGUUUCCAGGAUUGUACGCAUCAGAAUCGGCCAAGAAAAGUAACGAAAGUGAUUAAGUCCUUCAAAGACAAAAAAGACCAAAGCUUUUAAAUUUCCAUCAAAGAAAGAAAAACGAGAAAAAUCCAGGGAAAAAGAAGCUAAAGAGAAAGAUG